UCUAAAGAACACGCACACAUAUAACGAGAAAAAGGUAUCCAAGAGCCCGAAGAGGUACACCUAAAAAUCCCUGCAGCACCGUAUGCGUGCCCAAAAACUGAACUGCACGUCCGUCCCACCGUUCGACUACAGUAGCAUCACCCCCUCCCUGUCCCACUCUAUACCAAAACGGAAGAUUGCCGACUACAGCAUAAUGCUGUCUGAAGUGCUGUCUGUACAAAAACACCAUGGCAACGACUCUCCUCCCUCUUUAGACCAUGAAGGCGCCAAUAUUUUUCCCAUGCACACCAACGACCACGACGACGAUUGGCGCGAUGAGGAUGCGGGUGGCGAGCCAGGUCGCGGGCAGGCGAAACUGCCGUUCGGUUCUGCGGUUCGCUCUGCAGCGAGCGCUGCGGUGUCUGCAGCAGCUCGCACAGCAAUGGCCGUGGCGCCCGAAGUCGCGCCGUCUGCGCGAAAAAACGCGGUGCAACCUCUCGACCGGUCGACGCAGCAUCGCCACAGGCGAGCGCGGUGGAGCAAGGAGGACGCCGGGAUGGCGGAGAGCUUGGCAGCAUGGCUGAAGCCCCCAGCUCAGCAGCAGGGAGGGCAGCAUGGUUCGCCUCAAAUUAUGGAGACUGAAGUGCGAGAUUGAGGUGCGGUGGAGAUGGAUGUUGAGGUGGGAGAUAUUGGUGCGGACAGCAGUGAUCAUGAUGCCGAGAAGAUCUGCAGCCCGCAAGAAGAACAU